AUGGGUUCACUGGGCCCCACACAUACCAUGAACGGCACCUCUGCUGUAAACGGCAGUGCACCUGUCAAUGGACACUCUCCAGCAGAAGCAAAUGGACACUCUCCAGUAGAAGCAAAUGGAGAGAAUCUGGAGCCCAUUGCCGUUGUGGGUAUGAGUUGCCGGCUCCCCGGAGACGCAUCAGACACGCAAAAGCUAUGGGAACUGCUCACCAAGGGCCGUUCGGCCUGGUCAAAGGUGCCCAAGGAUCGAUGGAACCAAGAGGGGUUUCAUGAUCCUGCUGCUGAAGGCAAAGUUGGAAGGACAAGUACAGACGGUGGACAUUUUUUGAAAGAUGACAUCAAAGCCUUUGACGCCUCCUUCUUCGGACUCAACCCCAUAGAGGCAACAGCCAUGGACCCUCAACAGAGACUGGUUCUUGAAAUUGCUUAUGAGGCAUUUGAAAAUGCCGGCCUGACGCUUCAACAAUUGUCAGGGUCCAACACUGGUGUCUAUGUCGGUCUGUGGGCCUCGGACUACCAGGAGAUGCUCCUCAGAGACAUCAACUUCCCCCCCAUUUACCAGGCCAGCGGUGUUGGAGCAGCUAUUGCAUCCAACCGUGUAUCUUACUGCUUCAACCUACACGGACCCAGUCUCACCCUUGACACGGGCUGCUCAGCCAGCUUGGUAGCCCUUCACCAGGCAGUGCACAGUCUCCGCGCAGGCGAGACGGACAAGUGCUUCGUGGCGGGUGUCAAUCUCCAGGUUGACCCGCAGCGAUAUGGCUACCAGAACAAGCUGAGCAUGUUCUCCAAGCAAGGAAAAUCUUUCACAUUUGACCACCGCGCCAAGGGGGCCAGUGGCUACGGUAGAGGUGAAGGAUGCUCAGGAGUCGUCCUUAUGCCACUUUCAAAGGCCGAGAAGCAAGGCUUUCCAAUCCGUGCCGUUAUCCGAAACUCGGUAGCGAACCAGGAUGGAAAGACAAACGGAAUCACUGUCCCAAGUGCUGCAGCGCAAUCCGCUGCCAUUGAGAGAGCGUAUGCUCAGGUUGGCUUGACGCCGUAUGCAGACUAUGUUGAGGCUCACGGCACGGGUACCUCAGUUGGUGACCCCAUCGAGGCCAAGGCCAUUGCCAAGGUCCUCGGUGCUUCUCGAAAGUCAGGCUCCCCUCUGCCCAUAGGCUCCCUCAAGGCCAACAUUGGUCAUACUGAGAGUGCAGCUGGUCUCACUGGUCUCAUCAAGGCCGUCUUGAUGCUUGAAAACAACAUGAUUCCUCCUCAGGUCAACUUUGAGAAGGCGAACCCGGAGAUUGACCUAGACGUCCUCAACCUUAGAAUCCCCAUUUCUCUCGAGUCUCAACCGCUCAAGAGAAUUUCAGUCAACAGUUUCGGUUACGGUGGAACCAACGCCCAUGUCGUUGUUGACGCCGCCCCUGUAAAGCCAACAAGCCAGAACGAUGAAACCCCAACCACCCGAAAUCUUCUCCUCCCUGAAGGUAUUCCCAGGGCUAAGGAACGUCUAUUCGUUCUCAGUGCUGCGAGCGAGAAGUCCUGCCAAGACCUUGCAUCCAAUAUAGCCAAGUAUCUCGAAAGCAAGGCGGAUUUGUCCGAGGCUGACGCUGACGCAUUGCAAAACCGCCUUGCAUACACCCUCAGCAGGAGGACUGUUAUGGAGAACAGAGUCGGACUUGUUGCGUCAGACUUGGAUGAUCUGCUUGCGCAGGUGACCAAAUUGUCCGGCGAACCCAUCCCCCGUGGCGACCUCCAGACAAGCCCUCGGAUUGGCUUCGUUUUCAGCGGUCAAGGUGCCCAGUAUCCUCGUAUGGGCCAGAGCCUGCUUGGUACAUGGCCAACUUUCACAACCAGUAUGAAGCGGGCAGCUGAAUGCGUGAAGGCAUGCGGAAGCUCGUGGGACCUGUUUGAGGAGCUACUCAAGGACCCCGAAGAGAGCCGAAUGGAGGAUCCCUGUAUCGCACAGCCCAUGUCCACGGCGGUUCAGAUCUCCCUCGUGGACGCCCUCAAAGACCUGGGAGUGGUUCCUACCGCUGUGGUAGGCCACUCUAGCGGCGAGAUUGCUGCAGCGUACUGCGCUGAAGCCAUCUCGUUCGAGGAUGCCAUGACUGCGGCGUAUCACCGUGGUCGCCUGACCAGUGAAAUGAGAAAAGAGAACAAGGGCAAGGCCGGCGCCAUGAUAGCUGUCGGAGCAUCAGCUGCGACUGUUAAGCAGUCUAUCGAUAAGCUGGGCGCUGCUGACUCUAGCCGCAUAGCCAUUGCCUGCCACAACAGCCCUGCGAGCGUGACAGUAUCUGGAGAUGCCGAUGUCAUCGACUCCUUGAAGCAGCGGCUAGAUGAACAGGACGUCUGGAACCGACUUCUCCGUACUGGAGGAGCAGCCUACCACUCGCCUCAGAUGCUUCAGAUUGCUGAAAAGUACCACGAGGCUCUGAAGGAUGUGGCCGGUGGCGUGCCUGGAUCCAACAUCAGCAUGGCCUCGUCCGUCACAGGCGAGGAUGUCGGAGACAAGCCCAUCACCAGGGACUACUGGGUGCACAACCUGGUCUCGCCUGUCCGCUUCACUGACGCAUUAAAGAAGACAUGCGUGGGUGAGAACAACACACGCAAGGUCGACUUGCUUCUUGAACUGGGAUCUCAUUUCCAGCUGGAAGGUCCCAUUAAGCAGACCUUGAGGACUUGGACGGGAGAGUCGGCCAAGAUUCACUAUGCUGGCUCACUUAAACGCGGCGAGGAUUCCCAGCUCCGUAUGUUGGAGAUGCUCAAGGCUUUAUACUUGGACAAGACCCCCGUCGCCUUCUGGAAGGCCAAUGCUGGUUUCGGAGCAGCACCCCAACUCCUGACGGAUCUCGCCCCUUACCCAUUCGACCACUCCAAGACAUACUGGCACGAGAGUCGGGUGUCCAGAGCGUACAAGCAUCGCCAAUUCCUUCCCCAUGAGCUCCUGGGCACGCUCGUCCAUGAUAACAACCCUCAGGAGCCUAGAUGGCGCUGCUUCCUCAACCUCAAAGACGUCCCCUGGCUGAGUGGCCACAUUAUCCAGGGACAGACCAUCUUCCCAGCCACGGCGUACCUCUCCAUGGUCUUCCAAGCGGCUCGACAGGACACGGCUACGAAGAACCCCCAGGCUACGAUUGACAAGUUUGUUCUCCGCAACGUCACCUUCUCCCAGGCACUGGUCAUGGAGAACAGCAAGACCGACUUGGAGAUCAGCCUGUCGCUUCGGCCUCAGGCAGUAUCUGCAAGGAAGUCGUCUCAGCAAUGGCAAGAGUUCCGUAUCUUCAGCACAUCCGCUGACGACGCUUGGGUCGAGCAUGUCCGUGGUCUUGUGCAGGUUAUCACCAAGUCGGAGUCUGCCACCCAGGACGAUGAUGGUGUUGUUCCCAUCCGUCUCAAUCUGCCUGCGCACGCCCAACACAUCCCAGCCAAGCAAUUUUACCACAGAGCAAGAGAUAUUGGCGUCAACUGGACCGCACCAUUUGAUAACCUAACUGAUAUUAAGAUCUUUGCUGGGUCUUGCAUUGCAGACUCAUCAUUUGUGCCCGGUCCCGAAGCCGGUAACUGUGCAGCAGACUACGUCAUUCAUCCCGGUGUCAUGGACGCGGUGCUGUACCACGGUAUGAUGGGUGUUCUCAUCUUUGACGAGAACGACAAGUCCCCCGUGGUGCCCACCUUCAUCGAGAAGAUGAUUGUGUCCGAGCAAGACAAGGCCAACCCGCUUCAAGAAGUGACAUGCCACGCCGCACGAACCGAGAGCGUGCUUACCUUUGACAUUGGCAUUUAUGAUAAGCAGAACGAGGACAAUUCGGUCCUCCAGGCCUGGGGAGUGGUUGCGACCAAGUUGCCCGACGUUUCCAUUGGUCAAGGUCGCAAACGAGACUUGUGCCACGUUCCGGACUGGGUGACUUACCUACCCAAGACUACCCAGAAGUACCUGGAUGACAUGUGCAACAAGUCGCUGGAUAACAGGUCCAUCAUCCCAGAGAUCAAGGCUCUGGAGGCCAUGACCGUGCACUACGUCAAGCAGGCCCUGGCCUCGACACCAGAAGAUGAGGUAGCCGAAGGAUACCAGCGCAGCUGGCAUAACUGGAUGAAGACACUCGCCGACCAGGAGCCUGACCCUGAAUCCCUCAAGAGAGGACAGGAAGACGGCAGCAUUUCCGCACAGGUUGCACGUCGUCUAGGCCCACGCCUGGGUGAGAUCCUGCGAGGAACCACCCACUCUCUGUCCAUCCUGAACGAGGACAGUCUGCUCAGUGGACUAUACCUGGAAGGUGGCAAUGUUCGCUGCAUUGCGCAGAUUGCCGCCUACAUGAGCGAGCUGGGUCGUCUCAACCCCAACAUGAAGAUCGUCGAGGUUGGCGCCGGUACUGCAUCAGCCACCUUGCCCAUCUUGCAGGCUCUGCAAGCCCCCAACAGAGUCCUUGCAUCCAGAUACGACUUCACCGAUAUCUCACCUGGAUUCUUCCCAGCUGCACGAGAACUUCUCUCAGACUAUGAGAGCAUUGUCCAGUACAAGACCUUGAACGCUGAGAAGACAGCCGAGGAGAACGGCUUUGAGCCCAACACCUACGACGUCCUCAUCGCUUCCAACGUCCUCCACGCUACGCCUUGUAUCGACGCCGUCCUGGAAAACGUCAAGACGUUCCUUCGUCCCGGUGGUAAGCUGAUCCUCAUGGAGCCUACCGUGAACCUCCCCCAUUACGGUCUUGUCUUUGGCUCGCUUGCCGGUUGGUGGGCUGGAGUUAACGAGGGCCGAACACUCUCGCCUAUGCUUUCACCCACCCAAUGGAUCGAGACUCUUUCAAAGAAUGGAUUUGUCAACAAUGGACCCGUAUUCGAGGACUACCCUGUUGCUGAAGGCGGCUCCAUUAAUGUCUUUGUCUCUGAAGUCCCUGUCCCACCUCCCUCAGCAGCACCUUUGGAUGUCGAGAUUGUGUCUGGUUCUGCGGACGUUGAUUACUCGAGCUUCACAGAGAAGCUUCAGAAGAACCUCUGGGACCGCUCAGUCAAGUCCUUUUCUGCCUCCCCAUCCGUCUCCUCAGACAAGAUAAGCAUCAUCAUGCCUGACUUCUGCGAGCGUGUAGCUUGGGAUAUGGAUGGCCAACUCUUCGACUCGCUCAAGGCUCGGGUCGCUAGCUCCGCGGUCAUUUUGUUUGUAUUCAACACCGCCAAGGAGAAGGGAGAUCGACCCAGUGGUGACUGGAUCUACGGAUUCUGUCGAUCUAUUCGCUACGAGUACGCCUCUGUACGCCUGUGCACUCUCGAGCUCGAAAGUGGAUUGGAAGCUGGCGUCGAAGCUCUUACAACUAUCUUGAACAGCCCAACGGCUGACCUGAGCCUUCCCAUCGACGAAAUCGAGUUUGAAUACAUGGAAAGAGAGGGUCAACUCUUCGUUUCCCGUGUUCGUUCGGAGCCGGCCUUUGACAGCUACGUCAGCCGGGAUCUAAGCAGGGCUGUCUCCGAGGAGGCUCCUUUCCUCAACGACAGACCCAUGUCGGCAGAGCUGGGCGUUCCAGGAGUGCUCGACACACUCCGCUGGGCUGACAAUCCCGAGAUCACUGGGCCAGUGGAUCCUGAUUGUGUUAGACUGCAGCUCUGCGCCGCCAGUAUCAACUUCAAGGAUGUGCUGGUUGCCUCGGGCCAGCUCGAGGGCAUCACGCAGAUGCGCAAUGACUGCAGUGGUAUCGUGCUCGAGGUUGGAGCCAACAUGACCGACAAGUUCAAGCCUGGUGACCGUGUCUGCUCGCUGUACUCCCAGUCAUUCACAAACUACCCCAUGGUUCACGGCUCGUGCUGUCAUGUCAUACCCGACGAUAUGACCUUUGCAGACGCGGCUUCAAUCCCACUUGUCUGGAGCACUGUCUACUACUCCUUGAUCACUAUUGCCAGACUUCAAAAGGGAGAGAGUAUCCUCAUUCACUCGGCUGCCGGUGCCGUCGGACAAGCAUCUAUCAUGCUAGCACGCCAUCUCGGCGCCGAGAUCUUUGUCACAUGCGGAAACGAGGCCAAGGUGGAAUUGCUCAACACCGAGUUCAACAUUCCAAAAGAUCACAUUUUCUCCAGCCGAAGCACGUCCUUCCGCAACAAGAUCCGCGCCAUGACCAACGGCCACGGAGUAGACGUUGUCCUUAACUCCCUUGGAGGAGAAAUGUUCCGCGAGUCGUGUAACACGCUGGCACCACAUGGACGAUUCGUCGAGAUUGGACGUAAGGAUCUCAUGGAGAAUGCCUUGAUGCCCAUGGAGUUCCUGCUCAACAACAUUACUUUUGCCUACGUUGACUUUGCGCACAUUCUUGCGACAAGGACGAUGCUGGCGCACCAGCUUCUGGGAGACGUCAUGAAGCUCUUUGCCGCUGGAGCCGUGCAACAUGUACGACAGAUCAAGUACCCUAUUUCAGAAAUGGCUGCUGCGUUCCGUCUCAUUCAAGCCGGCAAACACACGGGUAAGGUUAUCUUGACCGUGGACCCUGAGGACAAGGUCCAGGUUGUCCCAUCAAAGCCCCAACCCGUUCAACUCAAGCCAGAUGCCACCUACCUUGUGGUCGGAGGUUUGGGAGGUCUGGGUAAGCGUCUCGUUGGUUGGACUGCCGAGAAGGGAGCUCGCAACAUUGUCAUCUUCUCCAGGACAGGCCAGCCCGACUCUGACACUCAGAACUUCUUGGACAGCUUGACAUCCAAGGGCGUCACGGUCCGUGUCGAAAAGUGCGACGUGAGUUCGGAAGAAUCACUGUCUGAAGCUCUUGCCAGGGUCAAGGAGACCAUGCCCCCUAUUCGUGGUCUAUUCCAGGCUGCCAUGGUCCUACAUGAUAUCCUGCUAGAAGAUAUGGCCGUUGAGCAGUGGUGCAAGGUCACGGCACCCAAGAUUCAAGGCACAUGGAACCUGCACAAGCUUCUACCCGAAGACAUGGACUUUUUCGUUAUGCUGUCUUCUGUAGUAUCUAUGGUUGGUACUGUUGGAGCUGGCAAUUAUGCUUCGGCUUGUGCCUUCCAGGAUGGCAUCGCUCGUUACCGCCGACGCCUGGGCCUGACGGCCUACUCGGUCAACAUCGGCGCCAUCGUCGAAGCCGGCUACGUCAGUGAGAACCCAGACGUCGCUGUCAACCUCCGAAAGAACGGUCUCGGUAGUGUAAACAUCACCGAGUUCCUAUCACACCUCAGCGACGUGCUCCAGAACAAGACAGGAUACACCCAGUCAUCGCUCGGCAUUUUGCCCAACGGUGAUGAGCGUGGCCUUGGAGAAGCGCGUUGGGCAAAUGACAAGAGACUUGCCCAGAUCUUUGGAGCGGAGAACCAGGCCAGCAACAAGGCAGUUGGCGGUGGUGCUGACAACGUUGGCUUCGAGCUCCAGGCUGCGACGACGUUCCAUGAGGCGCAGGACAUUGUCUGCAAGGCCAUUGUCAAGCAACUAGCAACUAUCCUCGCCAUUGAGACCGACGACAUCAUCCCUGCUCGCAGUCUGGACUCGUAUGGUCUGGACUCGCUGGUCGGUGUCGAGUUGAGAAACUGGAUCGGUGCCUAUCUACAAGUCAACCUACCUCUGUUGGUCAUGUGGAAUACUAGCAGCAUUAAUGAACUGGCCGAGAUUGUGACCAAGGGAUCUAGAUUGGUCAAGGUGAAGUCUGAGGACGAAGCAGAGGGGGAAGAGCAAGCUGAGGCAGCUAAACCAGAAUGA